AUGGCCAGGAGCAGACCAGCGUCCUCUCGCUGGACGCUAUUGCUCGCUUUUGUGGUUCUUGUCGCAUGCCUGGUCGCACCUGGUGUGUCGGUCAAGCACGAAAACUUCAAAAAAUGCUCUCAAUCAGGAUUCUGUAAACGGAACCGUGCUUUCGCCGACGAGGCUACCACGCAAGCUUCCUCAUGGAGCUCCCCCUACGAACUCGACGCGUCCACGAUCCGCUUCGAGAAUGGACAGCUCGAGGGUGUCGUCAUCAAAACUGUAUCUUCAAAUGAGAAGGUCCGGUUGCCGCUCACCAUCUCCUUCCUGGAGUCGGGAGUCGCUCGCGUCGUCGUGGAUGAGGAGAAACGGACCAAGGGGGAGAUCGAGCUCCGUCACGACAGCCAAGCUCGCAAGCAGAGAUACAAUGAAGCGGGUCAAUGGGCGUUGGUGGGGGGUCUGGAUCUCAGCCAGUCUGCAUUGCUCAGCUCCGAGGCCGAACCAGGCUUCACCAAGAUCACCUACGGACCAGAUAAUAAGUUUCAGGCAAUAAUCCAUCACGCUCCAUUCAAUGUCGAGUUCCAGCGGGAUGGUGAGACCCAUGUUCAAUUGAACAAGAAGGGUUAUCUGAAUGUGGAACAUUGGCGGCCCAAGGUUGAUCUGCCCGAGGGUGAAGAAUCUGUGGAGGAUCAAAGCACCUGGUGGGAGGAGACCUUCGGCGGAAAUACCGACUCAAAACCCAAAGGCCCAGAGAGUGUGGGGUUGGAUAUUAGCUUCCCGGGAUAUAGCCAUGUUUUUGGAAUCCCAGAACACGCUGACUCUCUCUCCUUGAAGGAGACCAGGGGCGGCUCUGGAAACCACGAGGAACCCUAUCGUAUGUAUAACUCCGACGUUUUCGAGUACGAGCUCAACAGCCCGAUGACCCUCUAUGGCGCCAUUCCCUUCAUGCAGGCCCACCGCAAGGAUUCUACGGUCGGUGUUUUCUGGCUUAACGCUGCUGAGACAUGGGUCGAUAUUGUUAAGACCAAGUCUUCUUCCAACCCACUCUCUCUGGGUGUAGGCUCAAAGACAUCCACUCAAACCCAUUGGUUCUCUGAGGCAGGACAACUGGACAUUUUCGUUUUCCUGGGCCCGACGCCUCGGGAGAUGAGUAAGACAUAUGGAGAGCUCACUGGAUACACGCAGUUGCCUCAGCAGUUUGCGAUCGCCUAUCAUCAGUGCCGUUGGAACUAUGUCACUGAUGAGGAUGUCAAGGAGGUCGACCGCAAGUUUGAUAAAUACCAGAUCCCUUACGACGUGAUCUGGCUUGAUAUCGAAUACACUGAUGGCAAAAAGUAUUUCUCUUGGGAUCCCCUGACCUUCCCCGAUCCGAAGGGUAUGGAGGAACAACUUGAUGAGUCUGAGCGCAAGCUUGUUGUCAUCAUUGACCCUCACAUUAAGAACACAAACGACAAUCCUGUUGACCAAGAGCUGCAGAGCAAAGAGCUGGGGGUCAAGAAAAAGGAUAACACCCUCUACGAGGGCUGGUGUUGGCCGGGAUCGUCCCAUUGGGUGGACUGCUUCAACCCUGCUGCUAUCAAGUGGUGGGUCAACUUGUUCAAGUACGACAACUUCAAGGGUACUUUGCCCAAUGUCUUCAUCUGGAAUGACAUGAAUGAGCCCUCCGUCUUCAACGGCCCAGAAACCACCAUGCCCAAGGAUAACAUGCACUACGGCAACUGGGAGCACCGUGAUGUCCACAAUGUUAAUGGCUUGACCCUUGUCAAUGCCACAUUCAACGCUCUUGUUGAGCGCAAGAAGGGUGAAUUGCAGCGUCCAUUCAUCCUCACACGAUCUUUCUUCGCAGGAGCUCAACGGGUAUCUGCCAUGUGGACAGGUGACAACCAGGCUACCUGGGAGCACUUAGCAAUUUCGUUGCCCAUGGUCUUGACCAACGGCGUUGCUGGCUUCCCCUUUGCAGGUGCUGAUGUCGGCGGCUUCUUCAACAAUCCUAGCAAGGAACUCCUGACUAGAUGGUACCAGACGGGCAUUUGGUACCCGUUCCUCCGUGCUCACGCUCACAUUGAUACCCGUCGACGUGAGCCAUACCUCGUUGGCGACCCCUACAUGGGCAUCAUCUCUCAAGCUCUCCGUCUCCGAUACCAACUUCUGCCAGCCUGGUACACUGCCUUCCAUGAGGCCUCUGUAAACGGAAUGCCGAUCGUCCGACCGCAGUACUAUGUUCACCCGAACGAUGAGAACGGGUUCGCUAUUGACGACCAGCUCUAUCUGGGCUCCACCGGUCUACUCACGAAGCCUGUGGUGCAGGAGGGUGCCACCUCCGUGGAAAUCUAUCUCGCUGACGACGAAAAAUACUACGACUAUUUUGAUUAUACCAUUUACCAGGGCGCUGGCAAGAAACACACCGUUCCUGCCCCGCUGGAGAAGGUUCCGGUGUUGAUGCAAGGCGGCCACAUCAUCCCUCGUCGGGACCGACCCCGUCGUAGCAGCGGAUUGAUGAAAUGGGAUCCCUACACCUUGGUCAUUGUCUUGGACAAGAAUGGCGAGGCCGAUGGCUCUCUGUACGUUGACGACGGAGAGACCUUUGACUUCGAACGUGGUGGAUAUAUUUUCCGUCGCUUCCGCUUCGGCGAGAAUACUCUUACCUCGGAGGAUAUCGGUACCACGGGUCCCAAGACCGCGGGAUACCUCAAAACCAUGGCAGGCGUCCAUGUCGAGAAGAUCGUGGUUGUCAAUGCCCCCUCUACGUGGCACGACAGAACCAGUGUGACUGUCAUGGAAGACGGUGCAAAAUCAGCGACGACUGCUUCCCUGCAGUACUUCGCCCAACCGGCUGGCAAGGCUGCUUACGCUAUAGUGAAGAAUCCCGACGUUGCCAUUGGCAAGGCAUGGAAAAUAGAUUUCUAG